GGAUUUUCUUAUAAACCGGUUGGCGCAUGCGUUGAAAGGGAAGUGGUUCGACCUCUGCUGUCGAUAUAGCCGGGCUGCUAUCUAAUCCACCAGAACCGCUUAUAAUACCCUAAAAACCCAAAAAUGUACGCCUGUGCAAAAUUCGUCUCCACGCCAGCAAUGGUCCGUGCUGGCUCCAGGGCUCUCUACAGACCCCUCUCUGCUUCUGUCCUUUCCCGGCCAGAGGUCAAAACAGAGACCAGCACAGCCCUUGUGCCACAAAGCCCCAUGACCCAGGUAGCACUCCGUGGCUUCCAGACUAGUGCUGUGAGCAGGGAUAUCGACACUGCUGCUAAGUUCAUUGGUGCUGGAGCAGCCACAGUCGGAGUGGCUGGAUCUGGUGCUGGAAUUGGAACUGUCUUUGGCAGUCUCAUCAUCGGAUAUGCCAGAAACCCCUCCCUGAAGCAGCAGCUCUUCUCUUAUGCCAUUCUGGGAUUCGCCCUGUCUGAAGCUAUGGGUCUCUUCUGUUUGAUGGUCGCUUUCUUGAUCUUGUUCGCCAUGUAAAAACAAAACGAUGUGAACGCACUCUUAACUACAGUUGUGACUACAUAUUUUACUGUGGCUACCAAAAUUGUCCCAUGUUGGUGUCGAAAUUGUACAUUUUUUCAGGUUGAUAUGACUGUAUGAAGAAGGAAAACACAUGCAUUGUACAAAUGUAAGAGAUUACAAUUAAAAUGCAUGUAUUUCACUUGAAAAUAAGGCAGUAUGUUUUUUUGGAAUCAUGUGUAUCUUACAAUCACAGUGGGCCAAAAGCCCACCAAUGAAUGUUGCCCUGGUAUUUUUCUUAAAGAUAAAAGCAGUUGGUUACAUUCUGAGACGUCUGAUGGUACUUGCCCAAGUCAUCUAGUCACACACUACAAGUCAUUUGGGAGUCGUUUGGUGUUUGCAGGCUGUUGUGGGUCCACUCAAAUGAUGUCAAGGGAUACAGUAGAAAGUCAACUGUAUGUAGAUUGCAAGUGUUUAAGAGCAUUGCAACACGCUUGCUUUUGUAAAUUGCAUCAAAUAAAUUUAGACAACUUAUCAACUA